CCUGACACCCAUCCUCCAUGUCUGCACCCGCUCGGUGUUGAGGUACAGCUCUGCCACGCGCUUCCUUCUCCGCAUCAUCAUUAUAGCCACCCUGGGCAUCAGCAUCCUUGUGACCUGGAGGCUUCUCUGGACGCCAGGAGAUGGUUUGUCGGUGAUAUAUCUGCGAGUGCUUCAGAUUUCUCCUACAAGAUGUGUUCCACAAAUCCAGCCAACUGGGUUACCUUUGAUGAUGAGCCACUCUUCCAGUCACCUCAGAAACUGGUUCAUAAUCAGAGCAGUUGUAAAGCAAAUGGACUGAAACUCAAUCUCUCUACUGUGCAUGAAUCUUCAAGUCGAUCAUCUUCUACAGGUAGCACUCUACUCUCAUCUCCUGUUGUCGACUUCUACCUGAGUCCUGGCCCACCCAGUAACUCUCCACUUACUACACCUACCAGAGAAUACCCAGGCAUCCAGAAGCACGGGAUUCAUGUCCUUUAUCCUAUUCCUGAAUGGCCGCCAAAUGCUAACCCUCCAUCACCUGGGGUUUGCUCUUCCCUAGCCUUGCAGAAACCCAGCAGCCUUCUUUUGACUAAUGAUGGUUCAGUUAAGACUUCAUUCUCCAAAUCAGUAGAUGAAGGAAACACUGGUCUGCAAGGAAGCUGUGACAAGUCAGAAGAGUCAUCAGCAGCAGGACAGUUCCCAUACUUCCAGACCGACUGUGGUUUUUCCAGUCCCUUUUGGAAGGAAGGAUGCUCGCUCAGCACAUCACCAGCUAACAUUAAUGUGUACGGGAAGGAUAAAGUACUUGAUAAGGGCACUUGUCAUUCUAAAGAAAAAGAGAUUUGCCAUGAUCAGAAGAGCCUUAACCAGGGCUCCUUCAGCUACAUCUGUGAGAGGCUUGAACACCUGCAAACUGAUGGCUCUGAUGCUGUGGGAGCUCUGCCCAUCUCCGGUUCUCAUGAAUGGCACAAAGAUCCCCCAGCUGUUCCUCACAGCCUGUUCAGGAGCCGGAAAGCUGAUGGAUGGCCGUUCAUGCUGAGGAUUCCUGAAAAGAAGAAUAUGAUGUCAUCUCGGCAAUGGGGCCCUAUUUACCUUAGGGUCCUAGCUGGAGGAAUAUUACAGAUGUACUAUGAAAAAGGACUCGAAAAACCUUUCAAAGAAUUCCAGCUUCAGCCACACUGUAAGCUAUCUGAACCCAAAUUAGAGAGCUAUAAUGUUUCAGGAAAAAUUCACACCGUGAAGAUUGAGUGUGUAUCUUAUACAGAGAAAAGAAGGUAUCAUCCAAAGGUAGAAGUGAUCCAUGAGCCAGAGAUUGAGCAAAUGCUAAAGCUGGGAACCACAGAUUAUAAUGACUUCACUGACUUCCUUGUAACAGUUGAGGAAGAGCUUAUGAAGCUUCCUACUACUUCUAAACAAAGGAGAAAUUAUGAAGAGCAAGAAAUGACUCUGGAAAUAGUGGAUAACUUUUGGGGAAAAGUCACUAAAGGAGAAGGAAAGCUUGCAGAAAGUGCUGUUAUCACACAUGUUUAUUGUUUGUGUUUUGUGAAUGGAGGUACGGACUGCUUUCUAACUCUAAACGACCUGGAACUCCAGAAGAGGGAUGAGCGUUACUUUGAGAAGGAGGUGGAGAAGAAAUGGAUCAAUAUUCUUGAUUGCCAUUUCCACAACUGCGUCAAAAUGCAGGAAUUUGAGCAAUUGCGAAUUAUCAAGUUUACACCCCCUGAUGCCUGUAGGCUGGAGCUAAUGCGCUUCAGGACACAAUAUCAUGGAGAAGACCUUCCAUUUUCUCUGAAGGCAAUGGUAGUAGUUCAGGGGGCAUAUGUAGAACUUCAAGCUUUUAUAAAUAUGUCUUCAACUGCUCUGAUCUCAACACGGUUGCCCUCUGUGAAAUGCUGUGAAAAUGUUAUGAUACACUUUCCAGUACCUGCACAGUGGGUCAAAGCACUUUGGACCAUGAACUUGCAAAGGCAGAAGUCCCUAAAAGCAAAAAUGAAUAGAAGAACGUGCCUUGGUUCUUUACAUGAGAUCGAAUCUGAUCCUGUAAUACAAGUCUCAGUUGGAACGGCAAAAUAUGAGAGUGCCUACAGGGCUGUUGUGUGGAAGAUAGACAGGCUUCCAGAUAAAAACUCAAGUGCAGAUCAUCCACACAGCCUGUCCUACAAACUGGAGCUAGGAUCAGACCAGGAAAUACCUUCUGACUGGUAUCCAUUCGCCACUGUGCAGUUUGUCAUUCAUGAUACCUGUCCCUCAGGGACAGAAGUGAAGUCACUGGGCGUAGAGAGUGAUGUGCAGCCCCAGAAGCAUGUGAUUCAGAAAGCUUUUUACCAUUGCCAGGUUGAAAUUGAAAAGAAGUGGAUUCGGCUUGAUGGAGAAGAUCCAGAUAAGGCUGGCAACUGCUUGAUGCAGUGAAAGAGAACAGCGGGCAUCACUGUAGGGUAUUUACACAGGAAAUUCUAUUGUUAGAAACAGCGCAAUGACCUACUUUCACAUAAAAGAAGUCGCUGAAUAUAUUUUUAAGUGCUUUUGGGUUUGAUUCUGCAAAUCGGCGCUCAUUCUGUUGGCUUGUGUUCAAGUCAUGUUCCUGUCAAGGGAAAACUGAUGGACAAGGUCUGCUUAUAAAGGUUUGCAAGAUAUGAGCACUUAUUUGACUGAUCACAAUAUAUUUUUUUCCUCUUGCAUAUCUAUGACUUGGGAACUCUCAUAUUCCACAUUGAAACCUAACGGCACUACUCAAAGAGUUUGAGUCACUUGGAUAUAUAAUACUCAGCAAUAAAACCUGCCAGGGCUCUUACAUGCAGACCAGCAUCUGUGUAGAGUCCAGCAGGACCAAUUACAUUUUUUUAGUGAUGCUUGAAAUGCUCCAUCCUCCAUAUUUCUGUUCUCCACAAUUUAUGUGAGCAGAACAAAUUGUAAUAUUAUUCUCUAUGAGAGCUUCAACUAAUGAGUUAGAACCAGGGUGAUUUCACUGGUAAAAUGGGAAAGGUUCUCCUGCAGUAAUAUUCCUCAUUUCCUUCCCAGCACUUCUGUCUGUGUCAGCAUUAGACUUUUUUUUUCCCUCUGCUGCAGCAAGCGAGGGGGCAGAUCCUCAGCCAGCAUAAAUCAGCCCAGUUCCAUUUCAUUUGAUGAAGCUCUGAUAAUUUACACCAGCAGAGGGCUUUGCUCACAAAUUGAAAAAUUGGUGACUUGCUACCAAUUGCUCCUUUAGGAUGCAGGGUCCAGAUAUUGCUUUGGAAACUGCAGGAGCUUCUGCACUGCUGCUUGAAGGAGCCUCAAGACAGAGAACAUGUCUUCCUAUAUGUGGGAAGUGAGGUUUCAUCAUGCCACUGGCUGAAGGCCUUUCUGGAGGGAAACAGUGCAGGAAUAGACUAUUACAAGGGAAGUGAAGCUGUGUUACUUCACCAAAUAGCUACUAACACUUUAUUAAUGUAUUAAUGUCCUAUCAUUGUAAUUUAGGAAGAGUUUCUCCGCUUCCUUACAGCCAUUGUUCCCUUAAUCAUUUUAUGCAGGCUGUAAUCCCCACUCCAAGAAAAGAAAUACAACAAAUUGAAAAAAUAUUCUUAGCAUGUUUUUAUUUUUUCCUAAAGUAAUCCUUACUUGGAACAGACAUGUCUGGAGAACAAAAAUACAGUAAUGCACAAAGUUUCACUUUAUAUUUUUCUACAGCUUGUAACUGCUUAUGUGACGACUGUAAAAAUACAGAUAAAUGUUAUUCUGCCAAAUAGAAAAAUGUGGGAUAUGCACUGAGGAAGUUACCAGUUGGAGGAAACAGAAGUAAUAUGAACGUAGUUCACCACGAUGAACUUUUCUCCCUGUUUGGAAGCUGAGAAUGAGAUGGGUAAUAGAUUCUGUAGUAAGUCAUGGGAGCAGGCUUUUAUGGGUAUUGCACUGCCAAAGCCGCAAAAAGACUAUGAUGCUAUUUUGUCAUCUUUAUAUUAUCCCUUUUUAUUGGCAGCCAGCUCUUACGUGGAUCUAGGAGAGGAGCAGCCAGGCUCCACCCCUUGCAGCAGCACAGCUGAAUUGUCUU